GGGGCGUGAGGAGAGAGGUCUGGGGGUCCAGAGGUCUGCAGUUGGACCCUCUUCGAAAAAGUAAGGGGAUGCAGAACCGAGAAUGCAGAACAUGUUUAUCGUUAGCCAUCUUGCCGAUAUUGUUUGCAAUCCACAAAUGAAAAUAUAAAGGAUUUAUAACGUUAUCCCAACGGUGAAGUGAUGGAGGCAAGCGGACACCCCUCUUGUGAGAGUGACACCUCCACACACCUGCAAGGCUCUGGAGAUGCACCGAUGAGUACUAUGAACUUGUAUGCCACUCUAGGUCUCUCGCCUGAAGAUAUGGAUGCCCUGGCCCAGAUGCCAGCGAGUGAGAUAAGUGUGGAGACUUUGCCCGCUCUUAUAAUGCAGCUGAAGACUAAACGAGCCCAAGAAGAAGCGAGGCAGAGAGACGUGUCCCCUAAAAGAGAGAUUAAGAAAGAGCACGCUGAUUCAAGAGACGAUCGUAAAGAAGUCAGUCCCACCUACCCAGAGCCCCACCGGCCAAACUGUCAUGGGGACACAGACAGGAGAGUGGUGGGCUACAAGGGCGUGGAACAGCCUGAGAGGCUGGAGGGGAGUAGAGAUUCCUGUCACACGAGGACCCCAAGAGACAAGCUUCCAGACCGCCGACCAAAGUUUCCAAUGUCGUAUGAAGUGGAUGACUUCAGUGGAGUCAUACCCAAGGAGCUUCCACACACAUGCUCUCUGUGCUUGUGCACGGUGAAGUCUAAAACGGCAUGGACAAUCCACCUGACAGGGAAGCGACAUGCAGAGGGGAAGCGAAGAAUCAUGUGUUUAUUUCCACAGUUAUGUGUCCAUGAGAGCAGAAAAAUGCCAGAUAAUGAUGAUCACUCCCCCCCCAGGAAAGUGCCCCGCCCUUCAGUGCCAUUCAAGAAACCACAUAGCUCAGAUCGACUCUCAGGAGAAGUUAUACCAGUACAAAAAAGACUUCAUUUAAAGCCCAAGACUGGUACAAAGGUGGUGGUCAAGUAUCCCCUUGGUGUUUUCAGUGUUGACGACUUGUUGACUUUGGCAAAGCCUUAUGGUACAGUUGUCAAACAUCAGGUGUUCCCCACUAAGGGCUUCCUGGAGUUCAGCUCAUACAAGGAGGCAGUUAAUAUGGUAAACCACUUUGGUGAAAAACCGACUUAUGUGAGGAAUCACAAGUUGACCAUGUACUUGUCCCCAACCGUGUGCAGUAUUAAAACUCUGAGACUGGAUGAACCAGAGACCCGGCCCUCCAAACGUGUGAACAACGCUGUGGUCUGUUUCUCUCAUCUGCCUCCAGGGAAAGAGCAGGAAGCUGAAAUUCUUGAAAUGGCCCAAUUGUUUGGAAAUGUUCGGCAUUCCACAUUUUCAAGUGAUCAGGCUCUGAUUGAGAUGGUAGACUGGAAGGACGCAGACAUCAUGGUGAAAUACUACCGCUCCAACCCCCUGAAGAUCAAUGGGAAAGGUGUCAAAGUCAGCUUGUCGUCAACAAGAAAGAGGAUAAGAGAAAGUCCUGAAUCCACCACAUCCAGAAGAGCAGACUCCGGAAAAAGCCACUGCAGCAAGCAUAAAAGCACAGAGACUGGAGAGACUUCCGCUAAUCAAGAGAAAAACAUGGUAGACACACAACCUGCCGAGGAAAGGGUGAAAGUUAAAGAACCAAGACAUAGACACACCUUGGGGGAUCACAGGAAAAACAACAUGGAGUCAGAAAACAUCAAUCAAGAGGAAGAAGAGGGGAUGAUGGUGGAAGAUGAACAAAGUUUGUUAGACGACAUUGAUACAGAGUCUGGCCUGUAUUUGGACUUUCAUUCGUCAGCUGACAAAAGUUUAAUAGGUUCAGACCAAAAGGCUGCCAAACAACCAAAUCUUUGCGAUUACGUGGAUACAAUGGAGCAGGAGAUCUUUCAUGGAGAUGAUGAUUGCAAGGUGGUUAUUGUUAAGCCUAUCAGAAGAGUCCACGGCUUGGAAGAGGCCCUCUUCAAACUGGCAGAGCCUUUUGGAAAGGUGGUCAACCACAUCGUAUCCAGUGAUCAGGCGCAGCUAGAGCUGGAAAGUUCAGAGAAAGCUCAUGAAAUGGUGAAAGCCCUUAAGAACCACAGGAAAUCGAAGCUUUUCGGGAAACAUGUCAGUGUAGUCAUGUGUGGAGAACUAAAGGAUUUAAAGGAUUUGAAGGUGGUUAUUGUUCGGCCUAUCAGAAAAGGCUUCGGCCUGAAAAAUGCCCUCUUCAAACUGGCAGAGCCUUUUGGAAACGUGGUCAACCACAUCAUAACCUUCAACAAGCAUGAGGCACUGUUACAGCUGGAAAGUUCAGUGCAAGCUCAUGAAAUGGUGAAUGCCCUUAGAGACAACAGGAAAUCGCAAGUUUUUCAGAGACAUGUCAAUGUGUUCAUGUGCGGAGAACUAAAGGAAUUAGAGAUGCCUACUGGGAGAUCUAUCUACAUUGGCAUGCUACCGGUGGAGAAAUACUCUGACAUCUCACUGUUGUGGCUGGCCCAGCCCUUUGGGAAAAUCACAGGUUAUUACCUGAACUGGCGGCGUUCGAUGUCCUACAUCCAGAUGGAAACGGUGGAAGCAGCUCAGAAGAUGCUGAAGAAGUACGAGUUGCGUCCUCCAAGGUUCUACGGCACCACAUUGAAGAUCAGCUUGUCUAAAUGUUUGGAUUCACUGAUACCAUGGAAAACUCCAGUCCAGUACGAGCUGUGGAACAACAGCUGUGAAGCUCAUCAAGAGGAUCAAGGAGGCGAGGGGACCAGUGUCCAAUCCCCUACAAGUUCCACCACCCAGAGAAACUCCAUGGAGGAGGAUGGCUCGAUGUCUGAGAGGGUGGGGGUCUGUGGAGACCCUGAGUGCGACCAGGCUGAUGCAGCCAGCGAGGACCUCGAGCAGGAGGAACCUCUAGGUCCUUAUCAACCCAACAAGCCUGUGGGGUUAGACUAUUUGGAACAAAGAACUGGAUUAUUCUGCAAGUUGUGCAACCUUUUCUACACCAACCAGAAAACAGCCAAAUCUGUCCACUGCAGCAGCAAGGAACAUUAUGAGAACCUGAAGAGAAAGGUAAAAGGAGUGAAGCAGCCUUCAUCUUAUUGAGAUGACUGGCAUCCUAAUCAACUUCACAGUGAAGACUGGCCUUUUAGUUUACAUUUCAUGAUGAAAUGUAUAAAAUGUUUGGGGCCAUAUCGCUUCGUCGGGCCCUGGUGCCCUGCAGAAGGUGGAAGGUCGAGUGGAUUGCAGUACAUCCAAAAGGAAUGUAAACUUGUGAACGGAUACUAUUUUGAAUAUUUCCCCCAAAGUUAUAUUUUUACAUAAAGAUUUUACAUGUUUUGUAACGUGAUGAUGAGAGGACAUUUGUAAUACAUGGAUUGAUAAAAUGCA